AUGGCCGAAGAGGACUAUGAAGACCCAUUUUUCUUCAAUACUUCGGAUGACAGCGGCCAGGAGCAUCAGGCCUUCCUGAACUUCAGAAAGAUCUUCCUGCCCUGUACGUACGUGGUGGUGUUCCUCUGCGGCCUCGUGGGGAACUCCCUGGUGCUCAUCAUCUACGCUUUCUACCAGAAGCUGAAGAGCCCGACAGACAUGUUCUUGAUAAACCUGCCCCUGGCAGACCUGCUGUUCGUCUGUACUUUGCCCUUCUGGGCCUAUGCGGGCUUCCACGAGUGGGUCUUUGGUAACAUCUUGUGCAAACUCCUGUUAAGCAUCUAUACUCUGAACUUCUACACAUCCAUGCUCUCGCUCACCUGCAUCACUGUGGACCGCUUCAUGGCCGUGGUGAAGGCCACCAAGGCCUAUACCCAGCAGACCAAGAGAAUGACCUGUGGUAAGGCCACCUGCUUAGCCGUCUGGGCGAUCGCCUUGCUGGUGUCUCUGCCUCAGAUCAUCUAUGCCAAAGUCAGCCACACAGAUAAGGGCUACUGUGGCGCUGAUGAAGAAAGACUUUCCACCGUGGUCCUUGCCACCCAGAUGACAUUGGGCUUCUUCGUGCCGCUACUCACCAUGAUCAUCUGCUACUCGGUCAUCAUCAAGACCCUGUGUCAGGCGCGGGGCUUCCACAGGCACAAGUCCCUCAAGAUCAUCUUCCUGGUGGUGGCUAUGUUCCUGCUGACCCAAACGCCCUUCAACCUCGUGAAACUCAUCGGCAGCACGAGCUGGGAGUACUCCACUAUGGUCAGCUUCCACUAUGCCAUCACGGUGACGGAGUCCAUCGCCUACCUGCGCGCCUGCCUUAACCCUGUGCUCUAUGCUUUUGUCGGCCUGAAGUUUCGGAGGAACUUCUGCAAACUUCUCAAAGACAUUGGCUGCCCUUACCUCAGGGUCUCAAGCCAAUGGAAGUCCUCUGAGGACACGUCCCGCACUUCUGCCUCCCAAAACGCAGAAGCCACCAGCAUGUUCCAGCUGUAG